AGUUGGUUCCAGUCAAAAGAUCCGAUGAGAUUGUUAAUUGUGCUAAGUAUUUGCGUUGCGUUAGCCUCCGCUGGCUAUGGUGGUGGCAGUGGUGCCGGUUCCUCGGCCGCGGCAUCCGCUUCGGCCAGCUCAAGCGCCGAUGCAGGCGGUAAAUUGGGCGGCGGUGGAUUGGGCGGCGGUGGAUUGGGCGGCGGCCUAGGAUUGGGACUAGGCGGCAUCGGCAUUGGCGGUGGCGGCGGCAAGCAUGGAGGCCUAGGCCUGGGCCUGGGUCUAGGAGGUGGUGCCGGUGGCGGUGGCGGCAGCGCUAGCAGUUCAGCUGGUUCUUCGGCGACCGGAGGCGGCGGUAGCUACGGUGGAGGUGGCCCUGGAUUUGGAGGCGGUGGCCAUGGAGGCGGCGGCCUUGGAGGCGGUGGUCUUGGAGGCGGUGGCCAUGGAGGUGGUGGCCAUGGAGGUGGUGGCCAUGGAGGCGGUGGUUUUGCUGGAGGAUCAGCUGGCGGUGGCCAUGGAGGCGGUGGCCUUGGAGGCGGUGGCCUUGGAGGCGGUGGUUUUGCUGGAGGAUCAGCUGGCGGUGGUCUUGGAGGCGGUGGUCAUGGAGGUGGUGGCCAUGGAGGCGGUGGUUUUGCUGGAGGAUCAGCUGGCGGUGGCCAUGGAGGCGGUGGCCAUGGAGGUGGUGGAUCACUUGGAGGUGGUUACGCUGGAGGAUCAGCUGGCGGCGGCCAUGGAGCCGGUGGUUUUGCUGGAGGAUCAGCUGGAGGUGGCCAUGGAGCCGGUGGUUUUGCUGGGGGAUCAGCUGGCGGUGGUCAUGGAGGCGGUGGCCUUGGAGGCGGUGGCCAUGGAGGCGGUGGUUUUGCUGGAGGAUCAGCUGGCGGUGGCCAUGGAGGCGGUGGCCAUGGAGGUGGUGGAUCACUUGGAGGUGGUUACGCUGGAGGAUCAGCUGGCGGCGGCCAUGGAGCCGGUGGUUUUGCUGGAGGAUCAGCUGGAGGUGGCCAUGGAGCCGGUGGUUUUGCUGGAGGAUCAGCUGGAGGUGGUCAUGGAGGUGGUGGCGGCGGCCAUGGAGGUGGUGGCUUCGGCGGAGGACCAAUUGGUGGUGGCCAUGCUGGCAUUGGACUCGGCGGUGGUCAUUUAGGCGGUGGGGGCGGCGGACAUGGACUUGGUGGCGGUAUUGGAGGAGGCAGUGCAGACGCCUCAGCGAGCUCAAGUGCAACUGCAGGACAUGGCGGAGGUAACAUUGGUGGCGGCCACGGUGGUGGUUUCGGAAUUGGAGGCCCUGGAGGCGGUAUCGGGCUCGGCGGCAAGCAUGGAGGCGGUGGCUACGGUGGUGGUAGGAAACAUGGCGGAGGCAUUGGCAUUGGAGGUCAUGGCGGUGGUGGUGGCUAUGGCAAAGGUGGUGCCAGCUCCUCAGCUUCCGCGUCAGCCUCUUCCUCUGCAGGCAGCUAUGGCCGUUAAUUUUAAGUCGUAAGCUUCCCAAUUUGUACCAACUAAACAGCGAAAGAGUAUUUCCCAGGCGAUAUUGAUCUAUCCAAUAAAUUUUUUUACUAAACAAACA